GUGGAGGAGUGCGGAGUAGAUAGCAGUUUAGUACAGGUCUUAAUUCUCUCUACAUGCUUCCCCUUCGGCUCUGGGAAACUCCAAAAUUGGAAAAGUAUUUGUCAACGUUCUCAAAACAACGUUCUUUGAAGUUCAUCCAUAUCAAUUUGUCAGACGACCCAAAAUAGUUCGUGGUCAUCAUAAUGGGUUCUCCUCAGUCCGGGGGAGUUUCUGAAAAAGAGAACUACAUUGGUGUUCUAAAUGUCCACGUACACCAGGCCAGAGACAUCACAAACAUCUGUAUAUACCACAAUCAAGACGUUUUUGCCAAGCUUUGCCUCACUAGUGAUCCCGAAAACACAUUGGCAACACAAAUAAUAAAUGGUGGUGGGAAAAACCCGGUUUUUGACCAGACUCUCAGCCUGAAUGUACGAACUGUCAAAUGUUCCCUGAAAUGUGAGGUUUGGAUGAUGAGCAGAGCGAAGAAUUACUUGGAAGACCAAUUGCUUGGUUUUGCUUUAGUACCUCUGUCUGAUGUCAUCGGUGGGAAUAGGAAACUAGAGAAGGAGUUCUCUCUCUCCUCAACAGAUCUCUUCCAUUCACCAGCUGGAUUUGUUCAGCUGUCUCUCUCAUACUCAGGAUCUUCACCAGAGGUAAUGAUCACCCCCUCAAUGCAAAAAUCGGUGUAUGAUGCCGAAAUGGUUGAGUCACUCUCUUGUGAGUUUGAAAAGAUCGAGUUUCCUGAUCCUAAGAUCGUGAGUGAGAAUCAUCUGAUGGUUUCUGAGUACUUCAGCAUCCAGAGCUCAGAUUGUUUGGAUGCUACCUCUGACUCUGAAAAUGGCUCCUCGUUUGGUCCACAUCCCGCUUGUGUUCAGUCUCUUGCAAUUCAAGAAGAUUCUGAGUCUACAACCAAAGAGUCCUGUCCACCUCCUCAAGCAUUCCCCAAGGAGAAAAAUCCAGGUACUUCCCGCAUACCAAAUGGACCCCUUCAUGCUGGAGAUGGGGGAAAAGAUACUCCUGGAAGUGAAUUCCCUAAGCCGGUCGUCUCUAGUGAGGUCGGACCCCUCAAUUCUGGAGAUAGUACUCCCCCGAGAAGUGAAUCCCCUAAGCCUGCAAUCACCAUAGAGACUGUGACAGAACAGGAGGUGGUGCAACAGGACAUUGUGGAUAUGUACAUGAAAAGCAUGCAGCAGUUUACAGAAUCAUUAGCAAAGAUGGCUCUCCCAUUGGAUGUUGAUAGCAGUUCCGGGAAUUCAAAUUCAGAUCAUAAAUCCCAAACAACACCUAAGAGCAUUUCCUCUCGAGUGUUUUAUGGUAGUAGAGCUUUCUUCUGACCAUUCUUGCAUCAACCGCUCACUGUUUUUUUAAGUAACAUAACUAAUGAUGAAUAAGUACUUGCAUGUAAGACCUUAGAGUUACUUGCAGAAUUGCAGUUGCCUGUGUUUUUCUCACAUCUUUACAGACACUACUUAUUUCCUAUUGAGGUGCUAUAGGACCUGCUGAAUGGGUUUGUUCAUAGUCAGUCUCUUCAAAUAAGCGACAUACCUUUAGGGGUUGAUGUAGC